AUGGCCAAGUCACCUCUCUCUGUGCCAACCCCGACGCCACUCACGCCCGAGUUCACCCUGACGAACUAUGCGCAGUUUUUCGCUGCGGGUGGUCUGUGUGCCACGCUUACGCACGGUGCCCUGACGCCUGUGGACGUGGUCAAGACGCGUCUGCAGCUGGAGCCGGCCGGCAGCAAGGAGAACAUGAUGAGCAUGGCUCGCAACAUCGUGUCCAAGGAGGGCCCGAGUGGUCUCCUGACCGGUUUCGGCCCGACGGCCGUGGGCUACCUGAUCCAGGGUGGCACCAAGUUCAUGGGCUAUGAAUUCUUCAAGAAGCAUGCUAUUGAUGCGCUGGGAAGCUACGAGGCGGCCAAGGAGUACCGCCAGCUGGUCUACAUGGGCUCUGCCAGUGCCGCCGAGGUGAUUGCCACGACGCUGCUGACCCCUCUGGAGGCUGCGCGCAUCCGCCUUGUGUCGGAGCGCGGCUACGCGCGUGGCCUGAUUGGUGCCAUUACGCGUAUGUGGUCCGAGGAGGGCCUGCGUGGCUUCUACGCGGGCUACGUCCCGAUCCUCUUCAAGCAGGUGCCCUUCUCUAUCGGCCAGUUCUACACGAACGAAAUGUGCCACAACUACGUCAACGCGCACGUCGCAAAGGAGACGAUCAAGAGCUGGGGCAAGCCCGGCGAGGUUGCGGUCCAGCUGGGUUGCGGUAUUGUCGCCGGUGCCGCUGCUGCUGUCCUCUCGCACCCCGCCGACACGCUCCUUUCCAAGGUCAACAAGGGCGGCGGAGGCUCGGGCUCCGUUAUGUCCAAGCUCAUCACGCUCGCGGGCCAGACUGGAUUUACCGGCCUCUGGGCAGGUCUCGGAACCAGGGUUGCGAUGACUGCUGCGCUGGUCAGCGGCCAGUUCCUCAUCUACGCGCAGACCAAGCAGGCCUUUGGCGCGCCGAAGGGUAUCGAGAUCUCUUAA